AUGAGCACUACGGCGCAAGCGUGCGCCUCCUGCCACGCUAGAAAGGUCCGAUGCGAUACAGUCUAUUCAGCUCUGUCUGUGCCACAGCCAUGUACCGCUUGCCAGAAAGCGGGCACAGAAUGCAAACCUCAUCAGCGCAAGCGUCGUCGAGAGGCAUCACCUGAUUAUGCCACUAUCCAGAGCAAGAGACCACCACCGCUGAAUGAUGAUGUGGUCAGCGUGCUGCCUGCACAACACACCAUUCACAGUAGAGGCCCUGUCACAAAGGCAUCACCACAGUCAAGCUAUCUCGGUCGCUCGGAGUAUGUUCCAGCACACGUACCAAUCGACGAGGAAGAUGCAUCACGUUAUGAGGGACAUACCCAUCUCACUAGCUCGACCGAUUGCUCUACAGUCAUCUCGACUAUCCCCUCGUCCAUGAGAUCAAGCCUGGUCAAGAGUUUCAAUGACUGCUGUCGUCCAUGGAUGCCAUUGCUGAGCGAAGCUGAGGCCAUGCGUCGAGCCGACGAGGAACCAAGCAGCCUGCUGACUACGGCGAUCUUUGUUGCCGGAAGCAAGGUAUCCACCUCCCCAAAAGCCGUGGAGGUAGGCACACAAUGCUACGCUCGUGCGAGGAUGAUGUUCUUCGCGGAAGAGGAGCCAGAUGUGCUUCAAGUGAUCAUGGCUUUAAUAUUUCUCCAAUGGUGGAAUCCGUCAGGCCCUGAACAUGUGUCAAUCCACAAUAGCAGUUUCUGGCUUCGCACUGCGGUAGGACUGGCCCACCAGAUUGGACUGCAUCGAGAGCCAAGCCCGAAGGCCAUAGAUGGUCCUUUGCGUCGAGCUAUCUGGUGGACUUUGGUUUCUCGAGACUGCCAAAUAGCUACAAGCCAUGGCCGGCCUCGUGCGAUCAACAUAAUCGACUCGGACGUGAGACCUUUGGCACUCGCCAACAUUAAUGCCGUCGAUGAUGACGACAACAAUCUCUUCAUAUCCUUUGUCAACAUCACUCACAUCCUCGGUGACCUUACUGAGCAUUGUUUGAGGGGCACACUUGGUGCUCAGCAGCGGAUGACGAUCGAAGAGAGGCUCCUGCACUGGAUUAAGUCCCUUCCAACUCCCCUCCGUCUACAUGAGCGAGACACGAACCGCUUAUGUGCAUACAACUUCACAUCCCGACAUAUUCACGUCCCUUAUUUUGUUGCGAUCACCAUCCUGUUCCACCAGAAACGAUCUAACGAGUGUCCACCUAUGCCGAGUCUGCUUGCUGCUAGCUUCAUCUCGGGUAUCUUCGAGGAAUACUUGGACUGGGGCGCCAUGACCGCGGUCUCACCAGCAUCGAUUUUCUACAUCUUCACCGCAGCUUUGACACAGAUCUCCUCACAUCGCUAUGCAGGCGUAACUCCGCCAGAUAUAGCUGCAAGAGAGCUACAGAUCGCGGAGAUGUCCUUGAGCGAGCUGAAGAAGCGCUUCGCGACUGCGUACGGAGCGGAAAGAGUAGUGAGACAGACCGUACAUGCGAUGCGCAAAACGCCUACAGCGUCGUUGACACGCGCUCCAACGAUCCUGACUGAACAGGAACUGGAAUUUUUCAAGCCAUUCGGGCCUGAACUCUGCCAUCACUGGUAUGUGAUACAAGCAGCAAGAUCUGGUCUUGCGACGGCUCUGCCGAGUUGUCAAGGGUCGCCACAACAAGAAACUUACAUGACGAGACCCGAAGUGGUGCAGAUGGAUGGGAAUCUCAACAUUGACAGUAUGCCGUUCUUCGGGACGGAUGCUAUGGCGACGGACCUUGACGCCUGGCUACCGGACGAUGCAUUCGAGCGACUGUGGUGGAGGGACUGGACCUCCCAACCAGGUUGA